GCCAAAUUCACCAUCAUCACCACAAAGCACCUAUCGUGAUAUCAAUAAUCGCGACUGCGUAUCAGUGCUUGUUGUCCCUUCUUCGCAAGCGCAAAUGCCUCCAAAGCGCAAGGCUCCCGCGACCAGCGCAACCGCCGCACCCAAGACGCGACAAUCCAAACUUGCAAAGGAGCAUAAUGUGACUGCGCAAGAAGAGGGCGAGAUCCGUGAGGCGUUCAGUCUCUUUGCAGAGCCAAUGGACGGCGAGAAGCAUGGAGUCUUGCCUAUCGACGACGUUAAGUCUGCACUCGUAGCCCUCGGUGUUCCACCCUCUUCUCACGCAGAGCUCAAAGAAUUUAUAUCGAUCCUGGAUCCAGAAAACGACGGAUACGCGACAUUUGAACCUUUCUUCGCAAUCUGCGCCCUCAAAUUCCAUACAAGAGAGCACGACUCGGACGCCCAUCGUGCAGAAGUCGAGGAAGCUUUUCGACUAUUCACAAAUGGUCAGGAUGGACCCAUUACCCUUGCACACCUGCGGCGUGUUGCUGCUGUGCUCAAAGAGGAUGUCGAUGAGGAACUACUCAAGGAUAUGAUUCUCGAGGCGAACGGCGGCGUAGGUGUUGCUAGGGGAGUGGGCGUUGAGGAGUUUGAUGGAGUCAUGAAGAGUGCUGGUGUUUGGAGGUGAUUCUCCAGCUUCCAGGAGGAGCCACUGUGUUACGAUUUACGAACAAACGAAACUUGCCUUGUACGACUUGGGGGAGCUAAUACCAUGAGACGAAGCGGAAUCGAUCCAAGAGUUGCAAUGCUGCAUUGAAAGAGAGAUCAAGGUACAUGAUAAUUAUUAUAAUAGUAAAGUGCGCAUUACUGAGUCGAGGCUUCUUUGGAGGGACCUUGAUGAGUUCAUAAACGGAGGUUUCAGACAUUCAGUGUCUAUAUCAGCAGUUGAGGGGCAGCUGUACGCAUUCACUGUUUCCAAAUCUAAUUUCACAAUCUCAAAAGCGCUAGGUUCUUCAGGAUCAACGGUCCUGGCCAAUACAUAUGUAUAAUCACACCUAAUUCUGAAACGCCUUAUCAGAUGCAUGCAUGCCCCAUAGGUGACAGUGACGGGACGGGAGGGGAUACGUGAGCUAACAAGCACACACUCCCAGACACUAUGUCAACCCAACUACCUGAAAUGAACCUGAACUAUAUAGCAGCGCAAAACCAGACGUCGUAACUUUCGUGAAAAUCAUUGCGGAGACUCGACCGUCACCGCUGGCUUGGCGUCACCACCCUUGGCGGCAGCGGCAGCGAGCUUCUCCUCUUCCUGUCGGCGGGAGUCGAGUACGACCUUGAGCUCCGGGGGAGGGUUGAAGCCAGCGUGGUCUGAGUGGCGUUUAUAGUAGUAUGCGUCAGGCUUGGGUUGCAUCUCGGGAGGG